CAGCUCAGCCAGCCGGUGAAGCAUGAAUUUGCCAGCCAAUGUAACAAGGAUCUUAUCCUGUGCAAGGAGAAACCUCCUAUCAUUAAAUCCAGAAGGACGAUUAGCACAUCAUUGCACCAGGAAUAGAACCUUGAGACUGAGAGUACAUUAUGGUACCACUUCACAUCAAGAUAUCAAUGUCAACAGAUCAUCUAGAUCUAGAUCAUCAUAUCAGGUUAGAAGACAAAUUUCCUCAUCCAUCCAUUUAUGUGGUGCAUCGUCAGACGUUCCUUUGACAAGAGACAGGUUUCCUGAUCUAGCAAGGGGCAAGUUCUCUCAGCUAACUGACGCUGAUGUUACCUUCUUUGACAAUCUUCUUGAUGGUAGAAUUAUCACUGAUCAGGAUGAGUUGGAAGGAGCAAAUACAGACUGGCUCAGGAUAUGUAAAGGUUCAAGUCGUCUUUUACUAAGGCCGAAGACAACAGAUGAGGUAUCCCAGAUUCUUUCCUACUGUCAUUCAAGAAACCUAGCAGUUGUACCACAGAGUGGUAACACCGGUCUCGUUGGGGGCAGCAUUCCUUUGUUUGACGAGAUCAUCAUAUCUACAACUCUCAUGAACCAAGUCAUCAGUAUUGAUGAUACCUCAGGUGUUUUGGUAGCUCAGGCUGGGUGCGUCCUGGAGAAGCUUGAUGAAGCCGUCAGUGAGAAAGGCCUCGUCAUGCCCCUAGACCUGGGUGCCAAGGGCAGCUGCUGCAUUGGCGGCAAUGUUUCAACCAACGCUGGAGGGCUUCGCUUGUUAAGAUACGGAUCUCUGCAUGGUACAGUCUUGGGUAUUGAAGCAGUGCUUGCAGAUGGUAGGAUCAUGGACUGCUUGACGUCACUAAGUAAAGACAAUACAGGCUAUGAUCUGAAGCAGUUGUUCAUUGGCUCUGAGGGAACGUUGGGGAUUGUAACCGGUGUGGCUAUCAAGUGCCCUCAGAGACCUAAAGCAGUCAACCUAGCUUUUCUAGGUGUGACGGAUUUUGAGAAUGUAAAGAGGACUUUCAAGGAGAGUAAGAAGAAUUUGAGUGAGAUCUUAUCGGCUUGUGAGAUCAUGGAUCAUGCGUCAAUGCAGGUGGUUGUUAAUCAGCUUGGUCUUACCAAUCCCGUUUCCGAGCAUCCAUUCUAUAUGCUAAUUGAGACAUCAGGAUCAAACAGUACUCAUGACGAAGAGAAACUUAAUACAUUCCUGGAAGAUGCCUUGUCCACCGGCUUUGUCUCUGACGGCACGGUUGCUACGGAUGUAUCUAAGAUCACGGCGCUGUGGAGCUUGCGUGAACGUGUCGCAGAAGGCUUGCUUAAGUUGGGAUGGUGCUUCAAGUACGACCUAACCGUCCCUAUCAACGACUUCUACCGACUAGUCGAGGAAACCCGCCAUCGCCUCGACGGCACCAACGCCACGGUGGUCGGUUACGGUCAUGUCGGGGACGAAAACCUCCACUUGAACGCCGUCACGCCCGAGUACGACGCCAACGUCCACGCGCUCCUGGAACCGUUUGUUUACGAGUGGACGUCGGAACGGAGGGGAAGCGUAAGUGCGGAGCAUGGGUUGGGAUUCCUGAAGAGGAAUUACAUAGGGCUGUCCAAGACGGCUGAAGCAGUUCAUAUCAUGCAAGGGAUGAAGGGUUUGCUUGACCCCAAAGGAAUCUUGAAUCCCUACAAAGUCCUUCCUCUGACAAAGUCAUGAAACUCAUCAUUGAAGGUCAAGUUCACCUCAUAAAACUGUUGAUUUGAAUCAAAAGAGAAAAAUCAGAAAAGCAUACUGCUGAAAAUCUCAUCAAAAUCGGAGGUAAAAUAAGAAAGUUGUGACAUUUUAAAGUUUCGCUUAUAUUUCACAAAAUAGUUAUGUGCACAAUUUAGUCACAUGCAAAUGAGAGAAUCGAUUAUGUCCCUCACUCACUAUUUCUUUUGUUUUUUAUUGUUGAAAUUAUACAAUAUUUCAAUUUUUACAGAUUUGACAAUAAGGACCAACUUGACUGAACCAUUUAAUGUUAAACAAUGGUAAUUCCACAUGUUCAGUGAGAAAUAAAACUUUGUUUCACAGGACAAUGAGGAGAAAAUAAAAAUAUUUUAUAUUUCUUAUAAUAAAAUACAAAAGAAAAAGUGAGUGAGUGAGUGAUGUCAUCAGUUCCCUCAUUUGCAUACCGACAGGGAUGUGCAUAUAACUAUUAUGUGAAAUUAAGCAAAACUUUAAAUGUCAUAACUUUCUUAUUUUACAUCCGAUUUUGAUGAAAUUUUCAGUGUUAUGCUUGUUGGAUUUUUCUCUUUUUAUUCAAAUCAACUUUUUGCUGGGGUGGACGUGUCCUUUAAUUUAUGAUAUAGCCUAUGCGUCUUACAGUCACAGAGGGCGGUAUUUGAAAAUCAAUUCACUUCCAAGCCUUCUAUGAUUGAAUAAAGAAUGUUGAAUGACCAAGAGAAAUUAGAGGUUUAGAUCCAGAGAAAUAUAAGCAACAGAUUACACAAGAUGACCUUGACGGGUGGAAUUUAAAUUAAAUGCAACUUGUGGUAAUGAUCUCAAAAUGAGUUCCAGCAUAAUCUAAUAGAAUCUAUGUAAAUAUUUCAAAUGUGUGCCAUAUGAUUCUCGUAGAUUGCUUAUUGCUGAAUCUGGAAUUGCUGAGAUAUGAGCAAAAUGAGCACAACAUUCUGGCCAGGUCUUUUUUCAAGCAACAAGAGUACCAUGUCCCACAUGUGCUUGUCUGUAUUGGUCAUUUGCAGUGUGAUUUUUUUUCAGCUUUGUAGAUUCCAUGAUUUCACAAAGUUGAAAAUGCACCCAAUCUAAAUCUGACUUUGGUCAUAAUUAACCUUGAGUUUAAAGAUUUUCUCAUGGAAAAGGGUCUACUGACUACAGGAACAACUUUAUUUCAGCUUUAUUUUUCUGUAAGUUUGAAUGGAUGAUUUAUUUAAUUCUUUUGUUAGUGUCGUAUACAAAGAGUAAUAUGAAGGUUUCAAAAUGAAGUAUUGCAUUGAUAUUAGUGACGGAAUGGUACCAUGACAUUUUUGUGGAGUUCCCCUAUAUCUAAUUAUCUAUAUAAUAAUGCAAUCUAUAACAACAAAAUGCUCUAAUAUCAUUUGUGCUAUUUGCAUAUUUUGACAUCAUAAGGAGCAUAAAGAUAUUGAUUUUAUUUUGGGCUACGUCUCCAAAAUGUUGGAUCAGUCUGCUUAUACUUUACAAAUUUACCAAAUCUAGCUAAUAAAGUAAUUGGGUUACUCAAAGGAAGCUCUAUAAUAUUGAAAGAAAAUAGUAAUGUAUUAUUCAGUGCCUUAUACGUAUUUGAAGACUUGGAUUUGAGGGUGCUUUCAAUCAUUUGAGAAACGUUUAGAUCAUUCUUGAUUUGAGAGUAAUAUGAAUUACUGAAGAAACUUUAGAGCAGUCUUAAUUUGAAUAUGGUUCAAGUCAGUAGAGGUUAAUUGUCAAUCUAAAUUUGAGAGUUAUUCCAAUCAGUUGAUAACUUUUUGGGGACGGAUCUGAGAUUUCUAAAUUAAUUAAGUAUGAAUGUGUAAUAACCAAGAAAUAAAGACGAUCAAUCAAUCAAAUAGUCAAUCCACAAUCAAAUUUACUCAAAUAGUCGAUCCACAAUUGAUCAAUCGCAGCGACUCAGAAUCCCUAACUUUUCAAAAGACACAUACGAUGUGGCAGGAUAAACAAGUACAAGAAAAAACAAGUUCCUUUGGUUCAGUGAUUAUGAAUAUAUCGUAUGAACAACUCUGGCCCACGGCCGGAUCUAUGAGGCUUUUGAACAAACUUUUUUUGAAAGAUAUUGACCAUUGUAUUCCAAAUAUUGCAGCACAAUAUGAUUUUAUGACAUAGAAAUCAAAUUGCAGGAAGUGUUGUAAUGUAGUUUAAAUUGUAUAAAAGAAUAUGAGUAUGGUUUAUUAAAUGUUAACUAUAAUUGAUAUAGACCUACAUGUAUACCAAAACGAAUUGAGAUGUUACAAAGUAUCUUCGCGAAUUCAAUGACGACAUCAAAGUGGCUUGUAUAUCUUUGGGAGUUCUUCAAUGGCUGAUAAUUACCCAGGUGACGUGUAGGACGAUCUCGGAUGACGUCGGUCUCACAGUCCCGAAGAGUGUACAAAGCUGAAUUCCAAAUCAUAGACGGUUACUACAUUUCUCAAGCUUGGUUCGGAGUUGGACCCGAUAAAAAUCAGGAAAAAAUACACAAUGUUGUUGAAAAGCAGCUAUAAUCUGGCUGUAAAAAUAAUCACCAAGAAUCUGCAUACUACAUGUACAUGUAGGUCAGAGUUUCCCAGCAGUCGGAAAAUUACAUUAAAGGAAAUAGAAUAAUUUUGAAAGAUGUCCAAACACCACAUAAGAAGGACGACUAUUGCGUGAAGUUGCUAGUUAUGGCAUUAGUGGUACAUGUAGCUCUGAUACUGCUAAAUUCAUCGUCAUCAAGAUAAUUGUAUCCCCCGAACAGAGUUCGGAUACUAUGGAUUUGGCCUCGUCGCGCCGCGUGCGCAGCUGCAUUUCUUCUCAGAUCAUCUUCAAAUUUGGCAUGAACGUUGAGUACGGUAUAGCGAAGCCGCCUAUCUCGCAAUGACGGAUGACGCGGUGGGUUCGGGGGAUACAUGUGCUCGGCCGCGCGACCCGCCGAGCAUCUCUAGUUUUCUAAUAAAAAUGCAGCAAAAUGGCCAAUUCCUAAAGGUCAAUUUACGUAACCUAUAAUAACAUCACUUACUGCGAGAGAGGUGUGGUUUUAAAAUAACUUCUUUAGACGUGUGCAUCUAACUAUUUUCUUAAAUACAAAUCACACCUUAACAGAUUCUUCACUUAAAAAGAGACAGAAGGUAGGCAUUCCUUUGCCUGCACGUAAAUCAUGUUUGAGUCGUGUUCACACGGUAUCAAAGGAAAUCAAAUUUAAGGUUAAGACAGCCACAGCUUAUGACAUUUCAAUCUUAACUGAUUACUAAAUAUACAGAUGAUAGGUUGCCACUAUACUAACCAUGCAAACACAUGAUCAAUUUUAAUUUGAGUUUACAUGUACUUUGAAUUACUGGAUAAACCUAAGAUCUGUCUUGAUUUGAGAGUGAUUUUGAAUGAGUUGUAGACUUACGAUCAGUCUAAAGCUCCUGGUUUUUAAGUUAUUGAGAGACUCAAAUUCAAUCUUAAUUUGCAAUUUUUUUAAAUCAGUUGAGAAACUGGAGAUAACUCUCAAUUUGAGAUGAAUUUGACUCUUUAAAGAAAAUUAAUCUUAAUCCUAGGGUGAUUUCUAUCAAUUGAGAGACUUAGAAGAUCAAUCUUAAUUUGAGAGUAAUUUGAAUCAAUCCUUGUUUUGCCUAAUGGUGUUAGGGUUAAAAUCAAUUGAUAAGAAUACUUAGUUUUGCCAUCUCAUGGCUGUAUUCUUUAGAAACCAUUUCCCCAAAAAUGAAAAAUCAUCAAAAAAUAAAUGCUAUUAUUAAAUGGGAAUACUUUGGUUUUGUCCAGAGAAAAUCAUAACAUAGGUCAUGACAUUACAAAUCUUUAUAUCAUGUACGUGAAGCCAUGUAAAAGAUUGUGCUUCAAUCAUCAUCAUUUAUCCUUUUAAGGUUUUCAACAAGGUAGAAAAACAUACUUAUAUUGCAUAAACUAUUGUAUCCCAAUAUACAGUCCGUCCCAGAAUAAAGGAAACUGGGAUUCCCAUAUCUUUUUUCUUCAAACGAAAAUGAAUUAUGAUAUUUCAUUUACAUCAUCAUGCAAUUCAAUUAUAUAUCUAUAUUUUGAUACCCUAAUAUGAGACUAACACUUCACACAUUAAUGAGCAAGACAAGUUUGAAAUUUUAAUGUCAAAAUCAGGUUGCACAAAAAAAGUUGAUCAAGAAUGGUUUGUGGUCCGAACAACGUGCUUAUUCGAUGAUUUGCUCAUUAGCAUUUCUUUUGUAUACCUUAAUUGUUAGGUUUCUCUCUCUUAUCCCUGAAAUGAAAAUGGAUUCAGAUUUACACAUGAGUUUCAGCGCAAAUCAUUCCUGAUAUGCCUCAAUAUUUAUUGCUUUUGAUCUGCCAUGCAUUCCACUCUUAACAUAAAUAUUCAAGUUAUAGUAAAAACAUAUUUAAUAAUUGUGAAAUCUGUCUCUGAAAACAGGUUUCCCUUUUUGUGGGACACACUGUAUGUUUUUAGUCUCAUUAAUUUAGCUGCAAAGGCGAUCAUCUUCAUUAGGAGGGUGUGUCAUACAAAACAAACUAUUUAACCAUGGUUCCUUGUACAUGUAGGUGGGGAUAUACACUUGUAUGGCUUUUUCUUACUCUCAGGCAAAAUAUCAUUUUCCAUAAAUGAAAUAAACUAUGGAGUCUAGUUUCAUGGGAAUGAAUUUGAUUGUUAAUUGAGAAUAUGGAUGAUAUAUUAUUUGGUAAUAAAUCUUAAAAAUACUGAAAGCCAAGCAAUGCGAUAUGGUAACUGAAUAAAAAAAAAAUAUAUUUAAAGUUUUUAAACGGAAAACAAAGCAGAGUGGGCAUUAUAUUCACUACCUGUACAUAUACGUAAGGCCUUCUUUUCUAACUUAAACAAAUUGUCAAGUUUACGUAAGCUGAAUUUCCCCAUACACCUAUACAGUAACUCAAAUAUGGCAAUAUAAGAGAGUUGUAUACAGUAAAUGAUAUAGACAAUGGUACAUUAAACUUCUAAUUUAUACAUAA